GGCCGGUGUUUUGUCGAGUGGUGCAACAUGAGUCUGAACGAGCAUUCCCUGCAAGCGCUGUCCUGGAGGAAGCUCUACCUGAGUCGAGCUAAACUGAAGGCUUCAAGUCGGACAUCAGCUUUGCUCUCCGGAUUUGCUAUGGUCGCCAUGGUAGAAGUGCAGCUGGACAACAGUUAUCCCUACCACCCGGCUCUCCUUAUUGCUUUCAGUGCAUGCACUACCGUGCUCGUGGCCGUUCACCUGUUUGCACUGAUGGUCAGCACCUGCAUUUUGCCAAAUAUCGAGGCUGUCAGCAACGUGCACAAUCUCAACUCUGUGAAGGAGUCUCCCCAUGAGAGGAUGCACAGAUACAUCGAAUUGGCUUGGGCUUUUUCCACUGUCAUUGGUACUUUGCUCUUCCUAGCUGAGGUGGUUCUACUCUGUUGGGUCAAAUUUUUGCCCAUCAAGCCCAACAAAUCCAACAACAGCACAGUUUCCUCCGGUGUGGCGGCUGCGAUCACCUCCACAUCCAUCAUGGUCCCCUUUGGUUUAAUCUUCAUCGUAUUCGCGGUGCAUUUCUAUCGCUCUUUGGUCAGCCACAAGACUGACAGACAGUUUCAGGAGCUCGAGGAGCUGUCCAACCUCACCAGGCUUCAAAAUGAGCUGGAUAACAGAGGAGAAACUUCCAUUUUGCAGUCUCCAAGCUCACACUUCCCAUAG